AUGUCGACCUUACAAGUGUCGAGGCGUUAUCGCUCGUCGACUUCGGCGUCUUCCAGAUCGUCCAGCGCCGCCAACUCGAAAGCUCUCGAAAUCCUGCGCGGCCUCCUCGAUACACUCACGUCCAGCACACAACGGCGAACCAACAAUGGAUAUCCCGAGUUUCCCGUGCUCAUCAAGAGCCUCCGUCAGAUUCGACAGCACAUUGCCGCGACCGAACCCCCGAGCCCGCCCCAAGACGAUUUUAGGCACCUACACGGGUUCAACAGGCUCCUCGACGUGCUGAGAUCCUACUCGGGCUUUUACAACCCCCAACGCCGGACCAAAGAAGAGAAAGAAGGUCUAUUUGGAUUGCUCGAAGCUGUCUUGGACGUCUUUGCCGCUGCCUUCUUGGACCAUCCAGGGAACAAGCGAUACUUUCGCCACAGGGUGGAAGGAGGCGGAUGGGAGGCUCUCGAGCAGACUAUUGCCAGCGUUGGCCUUGGCGGAAGCGACUCUGAUCUGUGGACCAACUGUCAGAUGUUUGGGAAAUUGCUAGCAUUCUCACUCGGGGACAAGACUAUGGACGCCAUCUGCCAGUCGGUUGCGACAAGUUCAGAACCGAAGGACGGAAAUGCCAAGAACUCGAAAGAUCCAGAGGAGCCCCCUGAGGACGAUGCUCAGCAACCAAAAACGCCGCAAGUUCCAGAACGAAAGGACGUAAUACAGGCAGUGCGCGAUGGCAUGCAGAAACGGGCCUUCUUCAGAAAUCCUGAAAUUUUGCGUGCUGUCGUGGGCUUCUGGGAGUCUAUUCCGCGAGCACAAGAUAUGCCAGCCAACUCUUGCUCAAUGGUCGUCUUGGAGAUCAUGUCCAGCGCAGUUUCCGUCUCGAUGUUCAACCUCGCAGCUCUCCACGCAACCGGAGUAUUAUCGCGAUUCCUCCGCGUGCUUUUCAGCCCCGUCGCCAAACUCGACCAAGCAGAGAAGGACAAGCUCCUCAUCAUGUGCAAAAAGCUCAUGUACUUGGGAUUCAACCAGCCCGCCGACACCCAGUUCUUACUGGCGAGCAAAUUGCCGGAAGCCUCAGAGUUCUGCUUGGAGAUGACUUCGACGUAUAGCGGCCCGCCGUUCUUUCAAUUCGACCUCUCCUUGCAUGGCCACUCGUCCAUCGAAUUACCCACCCUCGGCCGGUCUUUUCCUCCCAGCUCAUCUCCAGGCUAUACCUUUACGGCAUGGAUUCGUGUGGAUCGUUUUGACCCCAACUCACACACAACCCUCUUUGGCGUCUUUGAUGCCAGUCAGACAUGCUUUCUCCUCAUGUAUCUUGAGCGGGAUACACGCAACUUCAUCUUACAGACCUCAGUCACUUCCAGCCGACCAAGCGUCAGGUUCAAAGGGAUGUCAUUCAAGGACAAGCAAUGGUACCAUAUUGCCCUUGUUCACAGACGACCAAAAACAAUGACUGCAAGCAAAGCCUCACUGUACGUCAACGGCGAAUUUGUUGAGCAGAUCAAGUGUGCAUAUCCUUCGCCGCCACCACUCGCCAACGCUAGUACCGAAAGCUUCGCAUCAUUUGCUUCGACGAACGCAAAGCAACAUCCUGUUCAGGCAUUCCUAGGAACUCCAAGAGAUCUUUCCAGCCAAGUUGGUCCCGGUCUGGUCUUUUCGAAAUGGUCUUUGGCUUCAGCCCAUCUUUUUGAAGACGCCCUAAGCGAUGACUUCCUGGCUGUUCACUACGGACUCUCCCCAAAAUACCAGGGCAACUUUCAAGAUAGCCUAGGCGGUUUCCAGACUUACGAGGCCUCGGCGAGCCUAGGAUUACGAAACGAGGUUUUCCAUCCUGGAAGAGAUGAGAGUUCCGAUAUCAUAAGAGCCAUCAGAGACAAGGCUGGCAGCCUCCUCCCAGAAAGCAAGAUUCUACUGAGCAUACUCCCAACAGGUGUCUUCAGAGAAGAUGGCGUUUAUCAAGAUACCCAGCUUUACCGUGCACUGCCUCGGCCUGCAGCAACGAAUCUCAUUCAAAUGACCCAUAGAAGCGGUUCAGCCAUUGCGAUUAACGCUGCCCUGCCAUGCCUUCUGGAUGCACUCGCACGUUCCCAAGGUGUUGCUGUUCUAUCUGGCAAUCCCGUGGUGGUGAUGCCCUCCUAUUUCGACGACAACUUCUGGCGCCUUGCAGGCUUCACUCCUUUGGCUCUGAAGAUUGUUGAAAGGGCGACUUCAGUAGAAGAAACUGUUCGAGCGGUCGAGAUGACGUUUUUGUGCAUCAGAAAGAGCUGGAGAAACAGCGAGGCGAUGGAGCGUGAUAAUGGCUACGCUAUCCUCGGCAUGCUUCUCAGAGCUAAACUGGGCUAUACCGUCAACUUGGGUGCUGACAGCGCCAAUCUACGCUUACCGAUUUCAAGUGAAGAACGGGACAGAUUGAGUUUUCAGCUUUUAAGCCUUGUCCUCGAAUUUGUGGGCUAUAACCUUGCAGAGCCUUUGGAGUCCUUCAUUGUGAAUCCUCUGGCGUACCGCAUUCUGCUUAUCGAUUUCGACACCUGGAGACGAUCAGCUUCCAUCACCCAAGAGCUAUACUACAAGCAAUUCGUGACGUUCUCAGUGAAGAGCAAGUAUCAUCAAUUUAAUAGCAGGAGAUUAAUGCGCAUGAGAAUCGUCAAACGGCUGCUCGACGCGAUGAAAGCAGAAUCGAUUUCCGAGGAGGUGCAACCGCACUUCAUGGCUGCUUUGGAGCAACUGGUGAAAUGCAACUACACAGCAGAGGUACACAGGUCACUAGCCUUGUUCAUCACGUAUGCCUUCCACUCGCCAACAGCCUCUCUGGUAAGGUCACCAAGACCUGUGUCUGCCACAGCCCGAACACCCACGACCGGAUAUGCCAGACGGGCAACUUUCGACUCCAAUACCACAUCGAAUACGUCCCCCUCGCGGUUCAUGACCAAGAAACAACUCGGUGCCAAGAUUCUGGGAAUGUACUCAAACCUGCUCUGCGAAAAGGGCAACCUGGCCAACAUCCGCAAGUUUGCAAGGACAGUGACGAACAAGUGGCUGCUAUAUCUCUUGGCCAACGACGAUCCCGAAACGGUAGUAUAUGGCAGCAAGAUCCUGGCCAGACUCCUCAUCACGCACGGCUCCACGUACACGGCCAAGUUCUCCGGUAAGACUGGUGGCUUCACCAUCAUGGCGCAUCGACUUAAACGCUGGUGGCACAUUCCCUCCCUGUGGCCAAUCUGCUUCAGCAUCCUAUUCGGACUUGACGUAGCGAACGUGGAUUUGGAACGCAACUUCGAGUUUUCCAGCUUACUUGAAACCUUUGGAAGAGCUCGCGUUCUCUAUCCUGAGUGUCUGCAAGUCAUAGCUUCAAUGUUACAACAUGGCUUGAAGGAUGUCAUGAAGCAUCAGGAGGACCCAAAUUCUCCUCAAAAGUCGCAUCAUCUUCAAGCAAGCGGGUUCGAAGGCCUAGAAACCCGGCCCCGGGCCAAGUCCAUGGAGACUAGGGGUCUAGAUGCGAGAAUAUCAGAGAAUGGCCCGCGUGAUAGCGAGCGGAUUUCAAACCACGCGCCCAUGCUAUUGACUGUCAUCCGAUUCCUGGCAGACUUGCACUCCCGGUCAGCCGACUUCAAGGACUUCGCAUUGACGUCUGAGUAUGUGAGGUAUCUCUUAUGGGCGUGUUAUCCCAUCAUCGUUAGCACCGAUGCUGUCACGCCAGACACGGAGCUCAACUCUCGAGAUUCAGCUCUGACAUUUGAGGGCGGGGAUGUGAUGAUUCGCCCGCUUGCCGGCUCUCAGCCUGGCCCCAUCGUGCGGACGACGAGCACAGAUGCAGUUGCUGCUUUGGCAGGGAACCCUCGUGGAACACCUCUACGGAAAGCAUCUGGUUUCGUUCUGCUCACCAAUCAAACAUCACCUCAGGCCCCGAGCCCGGUCCGAUUUGCACCUGUUAUGUCACCGAAGAAGAAGGUCGCCUCUCAACAGUCAAGCAGCGCUGCACUUGACAGCAUGGUGGAUCUGGUCGUCAGUGUCUUUAUAGAUCAAGUCUUUACGCGCAAAGAGUUCCCUGGCUUCGGCCUCUUCCUCAAGAUCCCGCCAGGUUUCCAGGAGCAUCAAGCCUAUUUCGAGUCUUUUGUCCUGAGAAAGACGCUUCAACAACUUGGAAGCCAUGUCCAAGCGAAUCAGAAGGUUCUCAGCGAGCCUAAGGUUCUUACCAACAUGGGUAGACUUGCGGCGCACGUCACCGAUACCAUCUUUGAGGGCUGGUUCAUUAACGGUACUGAGCCCAUGCUAGAGUUCGCUGGCAUGGUGCUGGAGUAUCUACAAAGGUCCGAAGUAUCGACAAUGAAAAGCGUUCGCCUGUGUAGUCAAGCCGUUGGAACCAUCCGUCAAUCAUUCUUGAAGCUUCUUCUCUUGCGGUUUUCAGAACUGGACGAUCCAGACACGCCGGACGCCAGCGCAAAGGAAUUCAUGAGUAACAUUCUCUACUGGCAAGCUCCGGUUCUGGGCUGCCUUGCGAAUGAGGAGGAGUACAUGAAGCUGUUCUGGUAUCAAUUGUACUCGAAGCUGGUUGAUCCCCGAACAUCCAUCAGGUCUGCUGCAGCUACGAUCAUGCGCAUCAUGCUUGUCCAGAAGCCCCAUGAAUCCAAGGUGUUGUUCAGACAAUGUGUAGAACCAGACCAGCAGCACCUGACGAAAGAUUUCGUUGUUAAGCUCACCGAAAUCGACGACGAGGCUUUCAUCGAAUGGGUGGACCAGCACCGUGCGUCACUGGAUGCAUUCUUUUUCGGUGGCAUAUCAAAGAUCUGGGAGGAGUUUGUCGUUGUCGAAAACCAGCGAACGGUUGAUUCGGCUAAGUUCCGAUUAGCGAAGCGCAGAGAUCGACUGAAAGCAUGGCAGACGGAGGCACUUACCGUGGAUAACAUCCUCCUCCGUCACGACAUGGCGAACGGGGCCUGGAUGAAGAGCAUUUUUACCAGCGAGCACUUCAAGCAUCAGCGUCUGACACAAGACCAGCAGGAUGAUAUGGCCUUCCUGGGUGCGGCAUUUGUCAAGAUGGACAAUGAUCUGCGACGCCCGGGUGCUGUGUUCAGCGAGCAAGCUCAGCUUAAGUGGAAGCUUGAUCGGACUGAAGGACGCAACCGGAUGCGUCUGAGGCUUCUACCUGACUAUUCCAACAAGAAUUCAGACUACCAACCGAAGAGGAGAGCAGGAGAGCCCUCCACUCCUUCAGCCCUGAAAGUCAACACUGCUAUGGCCCCCGCGCAGAUCGCACCGUCGCCCAUCAAGUCAGCUACACCGGCAUCAUCACGUGUACAAUCUAUUCCGAGCCUCGAUGGUGCAGAAAACCCCGAUACCCCGCCGGAUGUUGACCAGGACGCGGAGGCAAACGAGUCCGGCGUAGGAGCCGAAGAAGAUUUUGAGCUUGUUGACGAUCCGAACGAUGCCAACGAAGGCGACGAUGGCUUCGAGGACAAGAAUCGCAAGGUUAUGAGGCGGCUUGAACAAGGUGACCAAGUCCAAGCCGUGUACAACAUCUCCCGCAUCGUCGGUCUUGAGGGAUGUGAGGGAAUUCUCAUCAUUGGCAAGGAUGCCUUAUAUAUCAUGGACAACGUCUUCCAGUGUGCUUCUGGAGAGAUUGUCAAUGCCUGGCAGGCACCUCCUGAGGAACGAGAUCCUUUCUCGGAGAUCAUCACGGACGCCAAAACGACGGAGCAACGCCAGAGCUCAAGCCGGAGUGAACAAGAAUCUCGCAGCUGGAGAUGGCAUGAUGUGAUCAGUAUCUCCAAGAGAAGAUUCCUUUUCCGAGACGUCGCGAUCGAGGUCUUCUUUACAGAUGGACGCAGCUACUUACUGACGUCCAUGAACCCGAUCCUGAGAGACGAGGUCUUUGGCAAGCUAAUGAACAAGGCGCCGCAUACAAACUCCGCUAGUUCACUUCCGAAUCCCGAGGAUGCUUGGCGUCUUGAAGCGCUGAAGGUCUCAGAAGAGAUGCCCCAAGGCUUUGGUUCGAAGUUCGGAAGCAUCUUCAACUCGACACCCUGGAACCCCGCCAUGAAGAAGUGGCAGAAGGGAGAAAUGUCCAACUUCCACUACCUUAUGCUGGUCAACACGAUGGCAGGGCGUACAUUCAACGACUUAACUCAGUACCCCGUCUUCCCUUGGGUUCUCGCGGAUUAUACGAGCGAGGAGCUCAAUCUGAACGAUCCGGCAACUUUCCGAGACCUCUCAAAGCCGAUGGGCGCGCAGACCGCUGGCCGUGUGUCCGGGUUCAGGGAGUCGUACGAUGCCCUGGCAGAGAUAGGUGAAACUCCGUUCCACUACGGCACCCACUACUCGUCAGCUAUGAUCGUGUCGUCAUAUCUCAUUCGCCUUCCACCCUUCGUUCAGUCUUAUAUCCUCCUUCAAGGCGGAUCGUUCGACCACGCCGACCGUCUGUUCCAGUCGAUUCCUCACGCGUGGAAGUCUGCCUCGUGCGACAACAAGGCCGAUGUCAGAGAGCUGAUUCCGGAAUUCUUCUGCCUCCCAGAAUUCUUGACGAACAUUAAUCAGUAUAACUUUGGCAAUCGCGAAAGCACAGGAGCAAAGGUCAAUAAUGUUGUCCUGCCUCCCUGGGCCAAGGGUGACCCCAAGAUCUUCAUUGCCAAGCAUCGCGAAGCACUUGAGAGUCCCUACGUCAGCCAGCACCUGCACAACUGGAUCGACCUGAUAUUUGGGUACAAGCAGAGAGGGGACGCAGCUGUAGACAACCUCAAUGUUUUCCAUCAUCUCUCGUACCGUGGAGCAACGGACCUGGACAACAUUAGCGAUCCUCAAGAGAGGCGUAUUACUGCUGGUGUCAUCCACAACUUUGGCCAAACUCCUCACCAGGUGUUCACUAGGUCUCAUCCUGGCCGCGAGCACUUUUCUUGCCCAAUACGGCGGUUGGAUACCUCGGUCUAUGCUCUGACUAGGUUAUCCCACCCACUGCUCGAAUCCCACGAGAGAGUAGCAACUCUGAUUUACUCGCCAAAGAUAGACCGCCUCAUAUGUGCCUCACCUUUCCGCCUGAACGUUGCCCCGUACGACAAGUUCCUUGAAUGGGGCUAUGCCGAUAACAGUGUCCGCUUCUUCUUCAGCGACAACCGGAAGCCCGCGGGACUAUUUGAGAAUCUCCACAUUGGACAGUUAUCUUGCGCCAUCUUUGCAGACUCGAAGACGCUCAUCACAGCGGGAGAAGACUGCGUCAUCUCCGUAUACGCUGUGCAGACAGCGCCUGGAAAAGUAGUUGAUCUUUUGCCUCGGUCGUCGCUCUUUGGUCACCGGGCUCCCGUGACGAACAUAGCCGUGUCUAAGUCCUUCAGCACGUUUGUGUCGGCGUCGACAGAUGGCCAGGCUUUCCUCUGGGAUAUCAACCGUCUAGAGUUCAUCCGCAAGUUGCCUCUCUCGCGGCCCGUGGAGUGCGCCCGCAUCAAUGAUGUCUCAGGCGAGAUCAUGCUUGGAUCCGGCCCCAACCUCAUCUUAUACACCCUCAACGGGACAGUGCUCGUCGACCAAAAUGUGUGCGCGGAACCUGACGACUACGUUCACUCAUGUGCAUUUUACGAAAGUGCUGGCGACGAGUGGGUUGAGAAUUGCCUGAUCUUCACCGGCCACAAGAGAGGCCGUGUGAACGUGUGGAAGAAGUGCGUAAAGAACGGGAAGUGGGUAUUGGAGCUACUCCGCCGCUUGGACCAUACCGAUCCACGAUCAGAAGUGGGCGCCAAUUACGACGCAGGCAUUACUUGCAUCACGCCCAUGCCGCAAUGCGUCUACACAGGAGAUGAUGAUGGGCGAGUGUACGAGUGGAACCUUGUCCAGCGGGACAGAUAG